UUCGCCUCGUCCACCCUCUCGCCCUCCCUGUGUGUGUGUUUGGAGAGAGAGAGAGAGAGAGAGAGAGAGAUGCAAGGGGUCGUGGUAUGCGAUUCCUGAGCAACACAACUUUUGCGGUACAACUACUCGUGCAGUUCUGAAAAGUUUGUCCUGACGUUUUUGAAAGAUUGCGACUCUUGUCAGAAGUGGUGCGCGUCUUGACAUUUGCUUUGACCAGCACCUGUAGCCAACUGAGAUGCAGUAAGAGAUAUGAUAGGUGAUAUACCUGACAUUGGGAGGAAGAAAAGUUGCAAUUGUUUUAGGAGGUGUAUCCCCUCUUGUGUGUGCUCUCGUGAGUCCGUUAUGGCAGCGUUCCGCGGCGUGUGGACGCAAGACUUCUGGCGUGCCGUCUUCGGCGAGCUUCUGGCCAUGACCCUGUUUGUCUUGCUGAGUCUGGGCUCCACCAUAGCCUGGGGGUCGCCCACGAACGCCACUGCCCCAGCGGGCAGCGCCUCACCCUCUCACCCCCCUGACCUGGUGCUGAUCUCCCUCUGCUUUGGCCUGGCCAUAGCCACUCUCGUCCAGUGCUUUGGCCACAUCAGUGGUGCCCACAUCAACCCGGCCGUCACCGUGGCAAUGGUCGCCACGCGGAAGCUGAGUCUGGCCAAAGGGGUGUUCUAUGUGGUGGCGCAGUGCGUGGGGGCGAUGAUUGGGGCUGGGGUGCUGUACGCCAUCACUCCAGAGGCGGUCAGAGGUGGCCUUGGAGUCACUAAGGUGAACCCUGGCAUGUCGGUUGGCGCUGGCCUUUUGGUGGAGCUCCUCAUCACGUUCCAGCUGCUCUUCACCAUCUGCGCCACCUGCGACCCAAAGCGGAGUGACCUGAAGGGGUCGGCAGCCCUGGCUAUCGGCCUGUCUGUGUGCACUGGACAUCUGUUUGCUAUUCCGUACACCGGAGCUAGCAUGAACCCAGCUCGAUCGUUUGGACCAGCGGUAGUCACUGCCAGCUGGGAAAACCACUGGGUGUAUUGGGUCGGCCCCGUGGUCGGCGGGCUCCUUGCGGCGGCCAUGUACGAGUACCUGCUGUGCCCAGACUCCAAGCUGAGGCAGCGCUACUCGCAGGUGUUCUCGCGCGGACGCUUCCCCUCCGAGCCGCUGGUGGUGGCUGACCCGAGCCUCGGACGCUUCGCCGAGAAGCAGCCGGCCUUCACCGUGCUGGACGUGGAGCGCGCCGAGAGGCUGGAGCAGCGCGAGCGGCAGCCCACGGGGGAGGUGCUGUCCUCGGUAUGACUAGUGAGG